AUGGGUGGCCUACAAUCACAUCUCUACUCCAUCACAGCUCGACACCCAGAAUCUUCUGAAGCAGGAUUCGAUGCACUGUUGUUUAUCAUGUCUGAAGGAGCCUACUUAAUGCCGGCCAAUGAUGUCCUCUGUGUUGAUGCUGCAAGACAGUUUGCUGAGUCACGUGUUGGACAGGUUGAUCGGUCUGUGCAUGCACUAGAUCUCAUUGCAGGUUCUGUCGCUUGUUUAGCAAGAUGGGCUCAAGAAGCUAAGGAAGCUAUGGGAGAGGCCGAGGCUGUAAAAACAUGUCAGGAUACAGGGGAAAUGUGGCUGAGGCUUGUGCAGGGACUGAGAAAAGUUUGUUUGGAUCAGAGAGAAGUAGUUAGGAACCAUGCUCUCGUCAUUGCAAAUGUGUUUGACAGGAGGACACUCCCAAACAGAUUACCGAAACAUGGAGGGGACUCUUGUCCUUGCAUUGAAACUCCUGUCAAAAGCGUUUUUACAGUUGCUUCACGAGCUCUUGCAAUUAACGACCUUCUGCAAACUAUGGCUGCGUGUUCUCAGCCGGAUGGAAAAGUACUUGAAAGAGAAAGUCAGAGGGAAGAGAAGCGAGUAGCUUCAGAAACGAGUCCCGGAGCUUGUAAAAAACACCUUGCUUGUUAUGAAGACAAAGGAGGUGUUGGUGCAGAGGACUGCUCUGGGCGGAGGUAG